AUAAUUUCUGCUGCAUUUUUUCGGUUUCCCCCUUCACACGUGACUACUGUUUUCACGCUUCCAUGUAAUCCCCGUGGCGGGGGUCUUGGCACGUGGGAGUUGUUCUCUCCUGCAGCGGAGAAUGGCGGAGGAGGCUAACGUACGCGGCGGCGCAUAGCUUCUUAACCUACGCACGCAUCCGCAGCCCACCGAAGAGCCGAGAGAGAGAGAGAGAGAGAGAGAGAGAGAGAGAGAGGGAGAGAGAGAGAGUGAGAGAGAGGCGGAAUUGUGGUGACCACAGCAAAGAGAAAUGUAGGGUACAAUAUGGAGAAGCAGAGGGCCAGAAGCCUCCGCUUUUCCUUUAUCUCUAACCCUAACCCUAAUUCUUAUCUACAUCUCUUCCUUCAACUCCACCUUUCUCUCGCUCACUCUCUCCCUCGCUUCACGGUGAUCUAGGAUUUCGAAGCUUUGAUCAGGUCCUACAAAGCAGCUCUAGGCUCGCAAUUCAAUUUUGUCUUCAGGUAUGAAAGGCUUUGGUGGUUUUGGAUUCAGUAGUAUAAGCAACAAUGUCAAGAAGAAGAGGACAUCCCGACGUCCUCGGAGUGAUUCACAGCACUUUUCAGAUAACCGUGAUGUUUCCUCAUUGUCUUCCACUCCGCCUUCAGACAAUGUAAGCAAAGUAUCCAGUGACGAGAAUACAGGUUAUGGUACUUGGAAGAAAGAGCUUAAUAUAAAUCAGUGCAUUUCAAGAGCUUCCCCUUCAAAUUUUUCUGAAGCUGAAAUUAACCAUAAUUUUAUCACGAAUGGGGAUGGAGGUUAUGCAGAAUCCAAUGAAGCUUGCAUACAUGGGUCUUUACAGGGUGGUAGGUGCAGCGAAGGUGUCCUUGCUCCAGCAAAUUGGAAACAGUCCACGAAUAGGGAAGUCCAGGCAGGUGGAAGGAUUUGUAGCACUUCUAACUCUGGUCAGUCAGCUGUUGCUUCAGAUGGAUCAGGAAAUGAAAACAAACUUAAAAAAGUAAAGCUUAAGGUGGGUGGUGUGACGCGAACAAUUCAUGCCCAGUCUGCAUCAGAUGGUACUUCUGUGGUUGGAUCUUCUUCCACAAAGUCUUCUUGCUCUAUGGAUGUCCUUCAGCCAGGGGAUAAGUUGAUCCUUCAGGACAAUGUGGAUUAUAAUUACUCCCCUUCUUUAGAUAAGAGAAGUGGCUUGCGAGGAGUCCCAUGGAAGGAUUUCCCUGGAUGUGGUUUUACUGUUGGGAAAUCAGAUCCUUUUAGGGGCAGGAAAUCUGAAGAAAGUUUUUCUAUGAAGCAAGGGGACAAGUACGAAGCAAUUCGAAAGAGCAAACGUGUUCCUAAGAGGCGCAUAUUAGAAGGAGCAUUUGAUGAUGGAGAUGAUGAUGAGGAGAUUCGGUACCUGGAAAAGCUCAGAAAUUCUAAGGUUUCUGUUGAUUAUGGUGUUGAAGAUGAAGAUGAUGAGGAAGAAGGGAGCAAGAAGCAACGAAAGAUAUCAAGGGUAUUGAAGAGGAAUGUUGAUGGCCUGUACAAUAUAGAUGUGGGAAAUUGUGGCUCAUCAAAAUCAGCCAAAGAGGGUAAGAAGUCCAGGCAAGGGAGGGCAUUUGAAGAUACUGAUUAUGUGGAAGAGGAGGAGCCCAUUUCAGAUGGAGAGCUUGAAAUUAAGAGAAAGAAACCUAGAAAGGAGUUUAUUGAUUCCUUGGGAGAUUCUAAAAAGGAAAUGGCAAUCACUACGCGUCAACGUGCCCUUCAGACUGGCAAAGAUAUCUCAACUGGUUUGGGUGCAAGUUUAAUAGAGUUCCCAAAUGGGUUGCCCCCUGCCCCACCUAGAAAGCAAAAGGAGAAACUUUCUGAACUGGAGCAGCAACUGAAGAAAGCUGAGGCUGCUCAGAGACGUAGGAUGCAAGUCGAGAAGGCAGCUAGGGAAUCUGAGGCUGAGGCAAUUAGAAAAAUACUUGGGCAAGAUUCCAGUAGGAAGAAGCGGGAGGAUAAGAUUAAGAAGCGACAAGAGGAAUUGGCACAGGAAAGGGCUGCCAGUGCUAUGAAGCUUUCGUCAAACACCGUGAGAUGGACAUUGGGUCCCACUGGAACAGUUGUAACAUUUCCAAACGAGAUGGGCUUGCCCAGUAUCUUUGACUCAAAAUCUUGCAGUUACCCUCCUCCCCGCGAGAAAUGUGCUGGCCCAUCAUGUAUGAACCCAUACAAGUACCGGGAUUCAAAGUCGAAACUCCCCCUGUGCAGUCUCCAGUGUUACAAGGCAAUACAUGAGAAGAUGCAGUCUGUAACUACUUCUGCCUGCUGAUCUUGAGCUGGUAAUCGUGCUCCAUUUUUGUCGUUAUAUUUUGGAAUGAGAGGAUUAAACAGUUGAAUCUAUGCUGCUCUGUGAAUUCGAGGUCUUAAAUCUGAAUCCAGCUCAAAUAUCUGUAAAUAUUUUGUAGUGUGCCUAACUCCAACAUGGUCGGGAUCAGGCACAGAAAAAUAAAAAAAGUCCCACCUUUUUAUUUUCCCCGGUAUUUCUGCGUGGUGUACAUUUGAAACUUGCUAAAAGAACUGCAAAUAGUUAUAUUAGAAAAAUUUUAUGAUUC